AUGCUCAAUCAUUCGAGUCAAAUUGAACAAGGUGAUCAUCUUAUAGUCGACUGUCAUACGGCACGUUUUGCUUGUCUACUUAUUGAAUUAAUUGAUAAAAUCGAUCAUCAAAUAAGUGAAACAAUUCAAGUGUAUCCACAAUCAAUCAAAUCAGGCGAUCUUGCUACAGUGAAAAUGAUUCCGUUGGAACCUGUCUGCGUUGAAAAAUUUGACGAUUAUCCAUCAUUAGGCUAUUUCAUUGUGCGUGACAAGAAUAAAAUAAUGGCCAUUGGCAUCAUCAAGGAUGUUGAAAAGGUAUGA